CAGGGCGUCGAUCUUACGCCAAAUCGAAGUGAUAGAAAAUUCUAGAAGCAGAGCAGACAUUUCUUCCUCUUAGUUGUAUAAGAAUCCUAUCAAUCUACUCUUCUCUUCUACUUCAUUUACAUUCUCUCUUCCUCUAGGAUUUCAUUGGUGAAUUUGAUUUGAUAUGGCAUCAAAGCGCAUUCUGAAAGAGCUCAAGGAUUUGCAGAAGGAUCCUCCUACCUCUUGCAGUGCUGGUCCUGUGGCUGAGGACAUGUUCCAUUGGCAAGCAACGAUUAUGGGUCCUGCUGAUAGCCCUUAUGCUGGAGGAGUCUUCUUAGUUUCUAUUCAUUUCCCUCCUGAUUAUCCCUUUAAACCUCCCAAGGUUGCUUUUAGGACAAAAGUCUUCCACCCGAACAUUAAUAGUAAUGGAAGCAUAUGUCUGGAUAUUCUUAAGGAACAAUGGAGCCCAGCGCUAACAAUCUCCAAGGUGCUCUUGUCUAUAUGCUCCCUGUUGACUGAUCCAAAUCCUGAUGAUCCACUCGUCCCUGAAAUUGCUCACAUGUACAAGACUGACAGAGCCAAGUAUGAGGCCACUGCUCGCAGCUGGACACAGAAGUAUGCCAUGGGUUGAUCAGGAACAACCCCUCCACCAAAUUCAAAAGAAUUUGCUACCCCAUGUUUGUUAUAUCAGUUAGGUAAAAUAACGGAAGAGCUAAAAUGCCCUUUUGUUUCUGAUGUUUUUGUUGCGGACUCGAUGUUGGAAAGAUCCUGUUAGUCUGUGGAUAUUUGUUGAACACGAGGGAGGGUAGAAAAUUGUAAUAUAUGUUCUCUUGUUCAAUGAACCGCUUGUGUUUAUCUUAUACUCAUAAUGUUAUGUAUGGUUGGAUGCUUUAAAUGAUUGAUUCAGAAGUGAAAGUGUUGUCUA